AUGAGCCCAGUUCUGCAAAGCUCUAAUUCUGGUGCCUAUACAGAUGUAACAUGGAGAGGGGACGCUUCUUCACCAGAACCGGUAGAUGUCCACUCUCUUUGGAGGAAGGUUCUCUAUGAAAGACAGCCAUUUCCCGACAAUUACGUCGAUAAAAGUUUCUUGGAAGAGCUAAGGAAGAAUAUCUAUGUCCGCCGCUACAGCUACUGGGCUGUGGUAUUUGAAUCUGUAGUUGUAAUCCAUCAAUUAUGCAGUGUCUGUUCUUUUUCAGUGAUUUGGUGGUAUAUGGACCAGGACUUAUUGUCUCCUCAGAAGCUAUGUGGGGUUGGGUUGGCCUCCACACUCCUUGGCUACCUUAUAUUUGAUGCAGUAGACAGAGGAGCUGGCCGGAAGGACAGUGGACGGACUCGCUGGGAUGAUCUAAAGAGUUCCUUGGUGUUUGUAGCUUUCACUUAUGGUUUCUCUCCGGUGCUGAAAACAUUGACAGAGUCCAUCAGCACAGAUACUAUCUAUGCCAUGUCUGUGCUCAUGCUCAUAGGACAUCUUGUCUUCUUUGAUUAUGGAGCCAAUGCAGCAGUUGUCUCUAACACAUUAUCCAUUAAUAUGGCCAUCUUUGCUUCCGUGUGUUUGGCCUCACGCCUUCCUCGUUCCCUGCAUGCAUUUACUAUGGUGACUUUUGCCAUUCAGAUCUUUGCCCUUUGGCCAAGCCUGCAGAGAAAGCUAAGAGCUUACACUCCACGGACUUACACGUGUGUCACAUUUCUGUUCGCUUUGUCCUCUCUGGCAGGGAUGUUAAGUAUAUCUAGUGUGGGAGCCCUGCUUUUCUUCCUGCUGCUUGCAUUUGUGACAUUUCUGUGCCCCUACAUCCUCAUUCGACUACAGCUGUUCAAAGAUAACAUCCACGGACCUUGGGAUGAAGCAGAAAUCAAGGAAGACCUUUCCCGCUUCCUUGACUAA